AUGGAAGUUAUAACAGAAAAACCAAAAGUACAAUUUAACUUUUAUGAUGAACAGAACAAUAGCUAUAAUAAGAGUACUGACUAUCCAGAAUUCUCUAAGGAUUGUAAUAUAGAUUAUCAACCUUAUCUUUAUACAAAUAGAAAAUUUCCUUUAGAUAAAAAUAGUGAACAAAGAAGACAAGAAUCUCCUAGUAGAAAACCAGGUUUAUGUGUCGAUGAAAUAUGUACGUGUGGAUUUCAUAGAUGUCCUAGAAUUAUAAAAUCGUUACCUUUUGAAGGAGAAAGUAAUUAUAGAAGCGAAUUUGGGCCCAAGCCUUUACCUGAAUUACCACCUCAGAUUUACAUGAAACCACCAAAAUCGUUGCCUUUUGAAGGAGAAAGUAAUUAUAGAAGCGAAUUUGGGCCCAAGCCUUUGCCUGAAUUACCACCUCAGAUUUAUAUGAAACCACCAAAAUCGUUGCCUUUUGAGGGAGAAACUAAUUAUAGAAGCGAAUUUGGUAUAAAACCUUUGCCAGAAUUAUCACCAAGGGUAGAAACUAAAUUAGUGAAAUCAUUACCUUUUGAAGGUGAAAGUCAUUAUAGAAGUGAUUUCGGUCCAAAACCUUUACCAGAAUUACCACCUCAGAUUUAUAUAAAACCACCAAAAUCAUUGCCUUUUGAAGGAGAGUCUAAUUACAGAAGUGAAUUUGGGCCUAAACCUUUGCCUGAAUUACCACCAAAAAUAUAUAUGCAACCACCGAAAACAUUACCCUUUGAAGGAGAAAGUAAUUAUAGGAGUGAGUUUGGACCUAAGCCUUUACCAGAAUUACCCCAAAGAAUUGAAAUGAAACUUCCAAAAUCGUUACCCUUCGAAGGUGAGAGUAAUUAUCGUAGCGAAUUCGGGCCCAAACCGCUGCCUGAAUUGCCACCAAAAAUAUAUAUGCAACCACCAAAAUCAUUACCCUUUGAAGGAGAAAGUAAUUAUAGGAGUGAAUUCGGUCCUAAACCGUUACCUGAAUUACCACCAAGACAUGAAACUAAAUUAGUGAAACAAUUUCCUUUUGAAGGAGAAAGCAGUUAUAGAACAGAAUAUAUACGAAAGGUUCUUCCUGUUUGUCCAGUGGAUUUAUUACCUAAAUAUCCUACACCUACAUAUCCAUCUCAACAUGUAUUUUGGGAUAGAGAAACAAAAAGGUGGUACUAA